ACCCUGCAGCUCACCGUGAAUGAGCGGACAUUCGCAGACAAGAUGAACUGGUUUUAUUGACGAGCGUUAAACAGGAUGGGUAAGCGUGUAGUCUCAAAGCAAGCAACCGGGAAAAGCAGAGCUCAGGGCGGAGGUGGCUCAGGGUCUAGUGCCAGCAUGGGCAUCUGCUGCGGUUGCCUGCCCUUUCAGAGCACCAUGCAGGAUGCUGAAAAGGAGGAGGUUCGUGUUCACUUGGAGGCUAUUAGUGAGGAAGUGGAUGAGACCACGGUGGAGGAAAGCCACAAUCAGAGGACCACUGCGUUCCGGCACCCCGUAACGGGCCAGAUAUCUCCGGAUAACAUAGAGUUCAUUGUGCAGGAACAAACAAAUUCUCACAUGUCAAAUCAGGCACCAGAGUUGAGGCAUUCCAGCAUGGUCAGUGAGUCCUCCAUGGCCGUCACUUCAUCCACUGUGGACUCUACCUCAGGACUAAAGACCUCAAGAUCCAGUGGAAAGAUGCACAGCUUCGGCAAGAGGGAUCAUGCUAUUAAGAGGAACCCGAACCUCCCUGUAGUGGUGAGGGGAUGGCUUUACAAACAGGACAGCUCAGGAAUGAGGCUUUGGAAAAGGAAGUGGUUCGUUUUGUCAGAUUAUUGCCUUUUUUACUACAAAGACAGUAGAGAGGAGACAGUACUGGGCAGCAUUCCUCUGCCCAGCUAUGUAAUUGCACCAGUGGAGCCAGAAGACCAUAUUAGCCGCAAGUAUGCCUUUAAGGCGAGUCACACUGGCAUGCGCUCAUACAUUUACAGUAAGAACUCUGUGAUUGGCUCGCAGGCCGAGCACAGCGGCAUGAGGACGUACUUCUUCAGCGCCGACACGCAUGAGGACAUGAACGGUUGGAUCCGCGCAAUGAACCAGGCCGCGCUCAUGCAGAGUCACAGCUUGAAGAGAGAAACUUCCAAAACUGAGCAGCAGGCCGUACCCCAGACCAAUCACAUCAGUGGAAGCAGUAAAAGCUCCUCCCACGCAGAAGGACUUCACCAGUUGGUGGAAGUGACAGAUCACACACCCAGGCUUGAGCAGGAAGUAGAGGUUCAGGUCAAAGCACCCUACACAAGCGAUGGAGACACAAACGGCCUUUCUCUGGAAUCCAGAGCUCCGUCCAGAGCCUCGUCUGCUGUGGCUGCGCAGAGGAACGGCCUGCACCCUGAGCAGAACGGCAGUGCUGUGUAUCAGAGGGGGGUCGUGUCUCGCAUGGACACUGAGAAACAUGUGCAGAGGAAGACUGCACUGGCUCAAGUGGAACACUGGGUCAAAGUUCAAAAAGGAGAUCCUAAAAGCCAAACCUCUUUGGAGUAUUCGCUUCCUAAGCGUACCCCUCCCCUCCAACCCAAGCUGAUCAUGACAGAAUCCUACCAGUCGUUGCCAAAAACCGUCCGACGACCAUCAGGCGGUUCUCCCCCUGUAACCCGCGAUCUGCCCAGCGACUACAAGUACGCUCACGACCGCCUCAGUCACUUUCGCAUGUCCACAGACGAGCGAAUGGCUGCCAAGGAGGGCACCGUGUGGCAGCUUUACGAAUGGCAGCAGAGGCAACGCUUCCGUCAAGGUGGGCCACCGGGUCCCGUUUUCACCAUGCCCGACUACGUGGAUGCAUCAUCCUUUAGGAUGAUGUUGGAGGUGCCACGCUCUGUAUCUGUGCCCCCUUCACCUUGCGAUGUUCCCUCCUCAAAGCUGGCGUCACCCCGCAGGCCCCACACUCCAGCAGACAGAGUGACAGUGCGCCCUAAGGACGAGAUGCCAAGCAUGGACAUAUCACGCUCUGCCUCACCCAGGGCAGUUUCAAAGGCAGUCCAACUAGACAGACGAUCGAUGCCAACUAUGGGUUACAUCACACAUACUGUGAGUGCACCAAGCUUACAUGGAAAAACGCCAGAGGAGCUGACGCUGCUCCUCUUCCAGCUCAGGAGACACCAGGCCAAGAUGGCCGACGCGUUCGCUCACCUGCACGACAACGGCCUCUCAGGUCCCGGCUUGCAGGCAGAUGAUACUUACAUGCAGCUAAAGAAGGACCUGGAGUAUCUCGAUCUAAAGGUCACUGGGCGGGACGUGCUCAAAGACAGACCUCCUCGGCCAGUAAAAAUAGCCGAAAGCGACGUUGAUGUAAAGCUGAGCAGAUUAUGUGAACAAGACAAAAUUCUUCAGGAGCUGGAGACCCGGAUACGCACACUCAAAGAGGACAAGGAUAAGCUAGAGUCUGUUCUGGACGUGUCCCAUCAGCAGAUGGAGCAGUAUAGAGACCAGCCAUCCCACGCUGAGAAAAUCGCCUACCAGCAGAGGCUGCUGCAGGAGGACGUCGUGCACAUCCGGGCUGAGAUUUCCCAAGUGUCCACAGAGAUGGAGAAUGCGUGGAGAGAGUACAGCAGGCUGGAAGCAGACGUAGAGAGACUGCACUCGGCACUUCAAGAGCAAAUGCAUCGCAGCAGCUUCUCCCAGCAGGAGAAAGUCCAGCUGAGAAAAGAGCUUUGGCGGAUUGAAGACGUGAUGGCAGGACUGAGCUCAAGCAAAGCCAACUACAAAGUGACCGUCAACUCUGUUCAGAACCCAGGUGAGCGCGGGUCAGCACCCGCCAUCGCCCCCACGCAUCAGAGUCGCACUCGAGAGAGGAAACUUGUGCCUUCGGCGUUGUCUCCAUCUGUGCCUUCUCUUUCGGUCGAGGAGCCGACGGCUCAGUCGAGUCCUCAGCUCAGCCCUUUGCACCAGAAUGUUCAGUCUUUUCACCUUGCCCAAACUCACAGCAAGCCUAAAAAGACUGAAGAGGAUGCUCCACCGAGACCUCCCCUUCCCCACCUCUACAGUCCAGAGGAACAGCCUCCAGCUGUCCCACCCCUUCCCAAAGAAACCUCUGUCAUCCGUCACACUUCUGUCCGUGGCCUCAAACGCCAAUCCGAUGAGCGCAAACGGGAUCGAGAGAUCGGAUAUUACACCAAUGGUGACAACAAGGUAGAACUGCGGACGUUCCUCAGUGAACCUGAACUGCUCGGAGUCACAGGACAAAUGAGUGGUCUGGGCCAAGAUGGAGGCUACCAGACCUUACCAAGCAGAGGUUUGGCAAGCUCUUCCACCAGAAUCAAUCAAUCCACAACCAUCUCGUCAUAUGUCACCCUCAGAAGAGGAGCCAACUCGUCCAGUACGAAGGAGAGACCAAAGAGUGCCUUGGAGCGCCUGUACUCGUCCGAAUCAUUGCCACAGCAGCGAGGCCGCAUGAGUGCCGAAGAGCAGCUGGAGAGGAUGAAGCGCCACCAGAAGGCUCUGGUGCGCGAGCGCAAGCGAACCCUCAGCCAGGGAGAGCGCCAGGCCUCUUCGUCCCACGCUCCUUCCUCUUUCUCGCGGCCAGUGUCUGCAGACUUGGGAUCAUGGAGACGCGAGCAGGAGUUUGAUAUGCAGCUGCUGGACCGUGCCCUACAGGGUGAGGAAAGGCCGCCUGAGCGCAAGGAAAGACAGCGCUCGCAUUCAGACGAGUGGCUCACCCUGCACUCAAACUCUUCCCGAGAGCGUGAUCUUGAGCCUCUUGAUUAUCAGCUGGACCUCAGCAGAGAGCUGUCUAUGCCCGAGAAGGUGGCCAUCCCAGAGCGUUAUUUAGAAUUUGAGCUUGAGGAGCCACUCAGUCCUCAGGAGAUGGAGGCACGCUACCAGAAAGUGGAGCGCAUUAAGAACAUUCUGGCCAAGUCAAGUGUACAGAAUAUGCCUGGAGGCACAACCCUGGAUAAGCCGGUGCUGUCGGACAUGGACUCGGCUCUCCAGGAUCAAGAGAGGAUCAUCACCAUGUCGUACGCUCUGGCCUCCGAGGCCUCGCUCAAGAGCAAGCAGGUGGCAGCCAAAGCCGCGUCGGGUCACUGAGGUGCUAUCCCACUUGCUCCCUGCAGUCGUAAAGGCAGACAAAGUACAGACCGUCCAUCCCUGUCCGUCGUCUGCGUUUUUUCUUUCACAAGACCUUAGCGUGCUUUCGGACUGGCGUUUGUAUCAGUGGACGAAACAAACAUCGCAGAAGAGACAUUUUGCUCCGGAAACUGCACAUCCGUCCUAAUGCUAAUCGAGCGAUAGAAAACUUACUUCACCUGUUUUGCACUUUUGACAUACACUGCAUCGUAGAGCAAAUACAGAAAUGUUAUUUUAAUCAUCCAGGCUUUUCAAGAUGCUAUUGAUGACAGAGAGAAGAGAGAAGUAUUAUGCAUAGAGAAGAUCAGUACAGAUGUAGGAUCAUAUUUUUGUUGACUGAGAUGCUAUUCUUACACCAAAUCACUUGAAAUGUUAUUUUUGUGUAUCUACCACUGCCACUUUCCUGUUAGCUUGCUAAAUGUGCUUUAUUUUUCGCCGACACUGAUCAGGAGGAAGGAAUCUAACGUUUAACAAUAUUUUCAGACAAUUUGUGGGAAGACCAUGGCAUACUUUUUUGUAAUGAAAGAAAAUGUAAAUAUUAAAGAUAUUAACAAAUGA